AUGAAAGCACUUGAAUACAUAUCAGAUGAAGACAUUACUAGUAACGUGUUGGGUGGUUCCUCUUCUUCUUCUUCAAAAACACCAUUCUUCCCAUCAUUAUCUUCUCUCAUAUUAGACGAAUGCCCAAAUCUGAAAGGAUGGUGGAGGAAUUCAGAUGAUGAUGUUAAUGAGCCACACCAUCUCUUACUUCCAUCAUUUCCUCCUUGUCUUUCUAAAUUACAGAUUCUCGGAUGCCUUAACUUGACUUCCACGCCCUCGUUUCCAUAUUUGAAAGAAGAGUUGGUAUUGCGUAUCGCUAGUUGGAAGGCAUUGGAGCAAACAAUGAAAAUGGGAGCAACCACAUCAACCUCCUCCUCAUGCUACUUUCCUCUCUCUCAAUUACAAUAUUUGAAGUUAUAUUCGGUCAACAAUUUAGAAUCUCUUCCAGAGGAGUGGCUGCAGAACCUCGUUUCUCUUCGAAAACUCGAAAUUUGCAAAUGUGAUGGACUCAUAUCUCGCCCUUGGAUAGCCAACCUCACAUCACUACAAUUCCUUACAUUUUGGGAGUGUCCCAAUCUAACAUCACUUCCUCAAGGGAUUCGUAGUCUCACCUCUUUAACAGAGUUGAAAAUUACUGAUUGUCCCCUCUUACGGCAAAGAUGCAAGGGGCAAUUAGGUGAAGAUUGUUCCAUCAUUGCUCAUGUCCCACGUGUGAUUUUGGAUUACGAGAACCAGCAGGAAGAAACAAUUUUUUCAGAACUGAACACCAAUUCAUUUGUUCCUCUUCAUUCUGCCUUUUGA